GAGUCGGAGGACUACAACUCCCAGACGGCACCGUGGGUGCAGCCGGCGAUCGGGACACAUGCGUCCUGGUUAUAAAAGGAGGAGAGGCGGGGCUCGGCCGGCUGCUGCUGAGAGUGCGUUUGGGUGGCUGCUUGUCCCUUGGGGGAUACCACUUGUAGACCGGCAGCUGCCACCCUCCUCUCGACAUGUCGGAGAUAGAGCAGGAGCCCGAGCUGGGCGUGCGGAGACGGAGCACCCAGGACGCGCUGAACUUUGGGAGGGAGUGUGAGCUAAGAACUGAAGCACUUCCCUAUCCUCUGACCCUCUGGGACAGGCAGUGUGAGCUACAUCUGCAGACUGAACUGAUGGACAUUCCUUCACCAGUUACACCAAAAUUGCAUGCAGUGACCUGUUCAACUCUGACGCAAAAUCAUUCAUGUGAAGGAAUAACGUGUCCAAGCUGCUUGAUGCUGACAAAGACUACGCUGCUGGCAGAAAAUGAGGUUGAGGCACAUAAACUGGCCAACAACUAUAAGUUCGGGUUUAAGAAAUGGAAAAGUCAUGUGACAGAGAGACCCUGGGAAGAUCGUUCUGCAAUAGUGAAAGAACUGUAUUCGGAUCUCAAUGUCAUCAAACAUCCAGGAUCUCUGGUUACCUGUGACAAUGUGUUAUAUGUGCUGCUGUUUGGUUGGUGGAUUGCCCUGCUGUACCUUCUAGUUGCUCUAAUUAUGUUUGUUACCAUUGCGGGAAUUCCUUAUGGGAAAUUGUGCUGCAGUCUUGCUGGAUAUUAUUUUUGGCCAUUUGGGAAAGUAAUUCAAAAGCCAUUCAUGAAUCGGAGGAAAAGCAGCGUGCGGUUUUAUGGUGAGAGCGCUCCUGAGACGACUGCGGUGGAGACAACAGCACUGCUCGGUGCCACGGACAGGGUUGACCGUGCUCCUUCAGAGACUCCAACUGUGGGAAUGAAAUACUGGCUCUCUCCUAGCACCUAUGUGUGGCUUCUCCUGGGGUAUCCACUUCUUGCACUUGCCCAUGGUCUGGCUUCCUUCAUUGCUUGGAUUCUGGUUGUCACCAUUCCAAUAGCCAAGCUAAAUGGCAGAGCCAUCACUGACAUCCUGCUAAUCCCUCCUGAGCAGCUUCAGAUCAGACCAUCCAAGAGGACUGACGUUCCGUUGGAUGGAGAAGUGGUCCUUUGUUGUUACCGUGCUAUGAAUUUCUACUAUUACAAGUACACUGUGUUUGGCAUUAACGUGUUUGCUGUGAAUCUGCUUCCUCUAGUAGUAGUUGCUCUGGUCUUGGGGUAUGCUGACACAGAGAAUCACUAUGCCAGUUCACCUGUAAAAUUUGCACUAUCCAUCUUGGCAAUAAUUCCUCUGUCCUACUAUAUCGGGAUGGCAAUCGCGAGCAUCUCAGCACAGAGUAACUUUGCAGUAGGUGCAGUGGUGAAUGCCACAUUUGGUUCAAUCACCGAGUUGACCUUCUACAUAACUGCUCUGAUCAAAGGCAGCCGUAAGGGGAACAAGUGCUAUGAGGAGGUGGUGAAAAGUGCUCUGACUGGAACCUUGUUGGGAUGUGUCCUCUUUAUUCCGGGUAUCUCCAUGGUGAUCGGAGGUUGCAAGCACCAGGAGCAGAGGUUCAACAGCCGCUCAGCUGGCAUCAGCUCAGCAUUGCUCUUCAUAUCUGUGGGAGGUGUGUUUGCACCAACUCUCUUCUCCAAAGCCUAUGGAAACCUAAUAUGUCAAGGCUGCACCAAUUCAACACAGAAUGAAUCUGGCCCCUUUGAAUGUAAUGAUUGUCACUUCAAUGUGCUGCAGAACAAUGCCUUGUUUCACAGUCAUAUUCAGCCCCUGAUCCACACUGUGUGUAUACUUCUCCCAGCAUCAUAUGUGAUUGGUCUCAUUUUUGCUCUGAAGACUCAUACCCACAUCUAUGAUAUUCAUAUCAGCGACUGUCACGUUCCGGGGCACAGCCACAGUGUGGUUAUUCACUGGUCACGAUGGAGAGCUGUGGUGCUGCUCGUUGUAGCCACUGUUUGUAUGUCUGCCUGUGCAGAGUUGGUGUCUGAGCACAUUGACCCCUUGUUGUCCAGCUCUGCAAUCUCACCGUACUUCCUUGGUGUAACUGUCUUGGCGAUGGUUCCUGAACUUCCUGAAAUAGUUAAUGGGAUCCAAUUUGCAUUGCAGAACAACAUCAGCCUCAGCUUGGAAGUUGGAAGUUCCAUUGCUGUACAAGUGUGUAUGCUCCAAAUCCCAGUGCUGGUGCUCUUCUCAGUCAUUUAUCCUGUAGGUUUUAAUCUGCUCUUCAGUGAUCUCCAUCUUUGGGCAUCAAUAUUCAGUGUCAUUUUAAUGAACUACAUAUUCAUGGAUGGCAAGUGUGACUAUUUCCAAGGCACAGCAUUGGUGGUAGUCUACCUCAUCAUCAUGGCCAUGUAUUACUUCGCUCCAUCUCAAAGCAGCUGCUGAAGGUGCUUUUGCUGAAUGAUGUAUGUGACUUUGGGAUAGUUUGAUUAAACAAUUCUACCAGAGUUAUCAACAGCCAAGAAUCUUCUGUUUCUGCCUGUCUAACAUUGCUCAAAUCAAUAUUAAAAAGAGUUAAUGUUAAGAGUCCUGCAAGUACUUAAGUGACUGAUAGAUCCCUUAUCAGCACAGUUUGAGGUUAACCUGUGGUAUAAUCACCCAACUUGUAUUUCAGUAACCAACUUCUCACUUGGUUGGGAGAGAAGAAUUUGUUUAAAUGACUUUGAUUCUUCUAGGGAAGAGGUUGUUUUGCAAGACUCCCAGUGAAGGAUUUCUGGUUGUGAUUCCAUUGGCUGCUAUUUGAUUUAAAUGUGAUUUCCUGUUUUUUGUUUUGGUGGAAUAUGCUAAUAACUUGAUUUAAAUAUAACUUUGGGGAGAAAAUUGUGCAUUUCUUAAAUAACUUGCUGUACACUGGAAGGACUGAGUAGUCAAAUGUAUUUAUAGAAGCAUUUAUAAGUUUAUUUAAAAUAAAAUUUGUAUCUCUGAUGACAACUGAAAUUUAACACUUGUGAAAUUUAUGGGGGGGCUGGGCCAGGUCAGGCCAAUCACUACACUAGCAGUGCUUCACCAUCAACCCAAAGAUGGAGUCUCAAGAUUAAACUGGCAAUACAAGUAGACACCAAAAUCAUACAGAAAUCUGUACCAUUUAAAUUUAACCAAUUCAGCAUGAGGUAAUCCAAACUAGAACUGGAAACCUCCUCUCUGAGGGAGCAUGGUAAGGCUCAAGACCUUUCACUAGGACAUUAACCUGAAGAUUCAAAACAUGAGAUGAAGUGGAUUACAUCAGUGAAACAGGAUGGGGAAAGCUGGGUUGGCAUGUAAACUAUGCAAGGAACACCAAGUAUAAAUGAACCAAAUUAAAUUGCAUUUAGACAGCUAUCAGUAUACAUUGUACAUUGUUACUAUUGAAGUCAAAUCUGUAACUAUGACACUCUCCACCUCAGUCCCAGUGUGAUCUGCAUAAGUUUGUUUUGCUCCAAGUACAGAAGAUAACAUUCACAAGAUUAAGUACUGGAAAAACACUUGUACCCACAAUCACUGGAGCAGUCUGCCUUGAAGCUGUAAUGAUCAAUAAAACUCAAUAUAACUAUAGAUGCAGAAGGAAUCCAUCCAGGC